UAUACAUGUAACGUUUUAAUUGUUUAGUUUUCUAUAAUAUAAAUAUUACAAAGUUUAAACAGAGAGUGAAUAUCUUAAGGUAUUAUUAUUAGGGGAAAAUCGAGCCUCUGUUAGAUCCUUUCUUUUAAUUGCAGCAAUCCAUAAAGCCCUGCGUUGUUUUGAUAAUUCACUUUUGUAGAUCAAAAGCCGAUGAUUUAAAAUAGCAGGAACUGAAUAAAAUUUCACAUUAGCCCUGUUACCUCAACUUUCACACCCAAUUACGAUGCAAAUUGCUGGAAUUUUAAUUAACACAAUACCUAAACACACAAAAAAACACAAAAUCCGAUAAAUCAAAUCUUGACGUUUGUCCAGAAUGUGACAGAAUCAAUGACAUACAGAAUAAACAACACAGUGCUUGACCCGAACUUCCAUAUUGAAUUUCGUUUUUGACAGGUCAGUAGAUUGCCUAAUAUGUAGAUAGGUAAUUACUUUCUUUAGCAAUUUAAAGUAAAAGUGAUAUUCUUGGUUCUUGGCAUUUAUUUUAGAGUAAAAAUGGAAAUAAAUAAAAAAUAAGCUGACUUGACUUUGAAGAAUAGAAUAGAAUACUUAUAAAACAGGCACAAUUAUAGGCAAGGCAGGAAAGACACAUUUUGUUAUAACUGUCAGAAAGUAACAAUUUGUUACCUUUUUUUCAGAUUAUCAUAGUUUUAGCUCCAAAUUAAGAAAUUACCUAUCUUCAUUUGCUGAAAAAAAAAUGCUUGGAAGUUGAUGGCCAUUAUUUUAUACCGCUAAUGAUUAAAAAUGGAAAACUGAAUCACUUUGCACACUCAUAAAAAGGUAAACAAUUGAAUUUCACCUGCAGGAGAGAACUAUACCUACACUCCCGUUCCUUUGUAAGGGCAUGUGAGGAAUAGGAAUAUGGAGACGCCGUUUUUCUCACAAAGGAUUUGUAUUAUCAAUAUGUUGAUUCAAAUUUUUGGUUUAUAAAAAAUAAAAUAUUAUUGUUAUGUUGUUGAAUAUCACCUUUUCUUAGUUUAAAUUGCUAAAGAAAGUACCUACCUUUCUUUUCUAUAUAUUGCUACUAUAUUGACGUUACUUCAAGAAAAUAAUUAGAGUAAACACUUCUGUUACUAUAACCCCUAUUAAAAGUAACAUCAGUGACGUCAAUGAACUGAUGUUACUUUAAAAAAAUAAUUAUAGUAACACCUCUGUUACUUUAGCCAGGGCAAUUCGAAUCAGCUGAUAAUUCAAGAUGGCGAUGCGGCACAAAUGUAAACAAACCAUUGAGGUUAGACAUGCCUCCAUAUAAACACAGAUAUAAAUGUGUGUUAUUUCACUUAUUUCUACCUGUUUCAGAGUUUAAUUUGAUGAAUUUUAAUUUAUUACAAUUUUCUUUAAUGUUCGUAGUUACUUGGAAUAUUUAUCUAUUAAUAAAAUACCUGGACAUCAGGUACAAAACGAACCCCAAGAAGCUGUGCCCCAAGUAGGUAAAGAAAGGCCUAAAUAUAAGUUACAUCAAGGAGAUUUUCUGCACCUCCGAUCAGUUGUUUAUGUGCUCCAGAACUGUAAGCAGUCUGAAACAUAUAGUUCAUAAAUAUUUUUUGAUUUUUGAUAAAAUGCAGAAUGCUUAUCUACAAAAGUUAUUGCUGGAAUCUCCUGAUUUUCAGGGCCGGAUUAAGGGGGGGGGCUUUGGGGGCUAAAGCCCCGGGCCCCAAAACACCACCUUACACGGGGAAGAAAUCAUGCAUAUAAUUUUACAAUUUCGAUUUCGCCAUCUAUUAUCUAUCAAUUAUAUCAAACACAACACUAUCCUAUAAUACAGUGGCGACAAUUGCUGUUUUAUUUUUGAUUGGUUCUAGAAUCCCAUAUAUUUAUAUUGAAAACGCCGCCAUCUUGUUCCCAACCUCUUGUUAAUUUCAAAUAUGAAUAGGUACUACGAGAUUCAGGUGAACAUCCAUCAUAAAUCAUGGAAAACAACGUAUUUGAUGGACCUAAGAAUGGUCAUCAAAUAUGUCGAUUUCAAUUUUUUAUGAUGUCCAUUUAAAUCCUAAAUAUUAAUACCUAUUUGAAAAUAACAAGAGGUUGGCAACAAAAUGGCGGCGGGUCCUCUAUUGUCGCCACUGUGUGUAAAGGUUUAUUUAGCCAUUGUGAUAAAAGCUACAGUGACUUUAUAAAGUCUGUUUUUUAUUUAAAGAUAAAAGUCAAAAUGACAUUAUGUUGGCAAUACAAUAUAAAAUUGUCAAUGCUUCCAAAUUUUUUAUGUAGAAAAGGCUUGUGUUGCCAACAUAGUUACCAAAUUUUUGACUUGGGGAACUAUCUUAAAAAAAAAAAAAACUUUUCAAGACAGUGGCGACAAUAGGAGCCUUGAUAGGGCCAAUGAACUAUAAACUACACGUACCUGGAAUGGCCCGCCGAUCUAUAAAUUUGCGGCAGAUUGAGAUGGAGAAUGUGGGGUACACACAUCUCUAUUUAUCUUAUUGGCGAAUCAUGGAAAUCUUUCUUUGUCCAAAAAAUAUUUUAUUCGAGGUUAGGAAUAUGCCAAACCUAACAGCAAUGAACUGGAGAGAGAAAGGGAUACCCCACUAUGUAGCUUUUUUGGGCGCACUAAGCGAGAUGACAAAUGUCAUACAAAUGCCAUAUCUGACAACGGUCGGUGCCAUUCCAGAGACGUGUAGUUUAUAGUUCAUUGGUCGCCACUGUCUUUUAUAAAGUUAUUGUAAUAAAUGCACCUGCAAGGUAAAGUUUUGUUUGAGUGACGUUUGAAUUCAUUUCAGGGACCUAAGGGCCCCUUUUGUGAAAAUAGCCCCGGGCCCCAAAAGACUUUAAUCCGACCCUGCUGAUUUUGGGAAGAGGUAAAAGUUUGUAGUUCACUUGUAUUAAAAGAUAAUGAGCAUAUGAAACAUGCCUUGCCAAUCUUGGCAUUUUUGACAAAUAUAAAUUGUGCCAUAGGCAAAUGAAUGUCAAAAACAUAAAUUACAUGAACCACAACAACGCUAAAAAUAAAAAUUUCUAUCAAAAAAACAUUCUCGUUCCCAAACUGCUAAAAACACUUUAGAAAUUCACAGAAAAAUGAAAAUAAACAAGGUUGAGGUGAAGUUAAGCUGUGUAAACAGCCUCUAAUGGACGUCAAGGUUAAGUUUGCUGUGAAGUUUGUUAUGCCGCAACGCCAUCUGGAACGUCAAACAUCAACUGCCCUAGGUUAAGGGAUGAAAUACGCAUUUUUGCGCUGUUGCCAAUAGCUUCCAAUUCUUAGCUAAUAGCGUUUCCGAUUGGUAGAUUCAGUGCGCACUGAGUGUAUUUACAUCCUUUUAAUCAACCUGUAGAAGAAAAAGACAGAAAUAGAAAAAAUUGCACUAGUUCUACCAAUCGGAAACGCCAUAAGAUUUGGUCGGUGCAAAGCAACUCGACCUAAAGGUUCAGGUUCACCUUAAGCUUAGCCUCUACCUAACUUUGUUUUUAAGGAACACCGGUGCAAAUAGCUGUAAGUGGCAUUAGCGGCAUUGUUUAUGUUUCAAAGUUGACAAUGCGAAAAUCUAUCUUGGAAAAAAAUAAAGUUUUUUUUAUAGAUAAUAUUUUGAUAGGAAAACCGAAUGUCAAAGUGUUUUAAACUCAACAAUUAGAUUUAUUCAAUUUAAAAGUCUCCAUUGAUAGUGAUUAUCUGCUGUGAAAAUGAGCCAAACAUACAAAAAUAUGGUCCAAAAGAAGCACAUUUUGCACAGCGGCAUAUUCAAUCAAACACUCAGAGACUGGCAAUCGUUGAAAUCCGAAAUAACCCCCAGAAAUUUGAUGUAUCCAGUUUUCAUUAUAGAGCAAGACCAUGAAGUGCAAGAGAUUGCAAGUAUGACUGGCAUCGCUCGUUACGGCCUGUACAAGUUGCGUCAACAUUUGAUGCCAUUAGUUAAACAAGGCUUGACUUCGAUUUUGGUGUUUGGUGUUAUCGAAACUCUAGCUAAAGAUGACAAUGCUACAAAUGCAGAUAGCCCCAACAACCCAGUAAUCCGCGCCCUCCCAUAUCUUCGCGAAUGGUUUCCUGAACUCGUCAUUGCUUGUGACGUGUGCCUGUGCCCCUACAGCUCGCACGGACACUGUGGCAUUUUGACCGAUAAAGGCUUAGACAACGCUGAAAGCAUUAAAAGAAUAGCAGAAAUUGCUUUGGCCUACGCCAAAGUAGGAGCACAUAUUGUGGCGCCUUCAGACAUGAUGGAUGGUAGAAUAGGGGCUAUUAAAAGGCUUCUUAAUGAGCACGAUUUGCGAAACACUGUUUCAGUGUUGUCGUAUACAUGUAAAUUUGCUUCGAAUUUUUAUGGGCCUUUUAGGGAUGCUGCCAAAUCUAAACCUUCGUUUGGCGAUAGGAAAUGUUAUCAGUUGCCUCCUGGUAGUCAAGGGAUUGCUCUAAGGGCUGCUCAAAGAGAUGUGGAAGAAGGUGCUGAUUUUUUAAUGGUAAAACCAAUAAUGGCCUACAUUGAUAUCCUCAAACAAGUAAAGGACAAGUAUCCAGAAUAUCCCAUGUUUGUAUAUCAAGUUUCUGGCGAGUACUCGAUGAUUUUCAAUGCUGCUCAGUCUGGGAUUUUCAAUCUCAAGGAUGGUUUGAUGGAAAUUUUAGGGUCUUAUAGACGAGCAGGGGCCGAUGUGAUAAUUACUUAUUAUACUCCGCUUAUUUUGGAUUGGAUUAGGUUGAAACAUAAGCUGUAGGAUUUUUAUUGAUGGCUCAUAUCCGGUUACAGGGUUAAUUAGUUCUUUAUUAGGUUAAUUCUUUAAAUUUUGUUUUUUUUAAUGAAAUACAUAGUUUCUCAUAUAUAAAUUGUAGCUAGUUAAUAUUAUAUAAUAUAUAUAGCUAAUAUUUCUGGAUAUUUAGCACCUAGAUGAGUAAACAUCUUUUUGGUGCAAGAUAACAACAGUUUUUCUUUUUAAUCUUGUAAAUCUGUGGUCAUAAUCUUUGGUUUAAUGUUUCUCUUUUCAAAACUUCCACUGCAUUUAAUUUCUUGUUUUCUAGGAAUCUUGUUUUUUUUUGGGCUGGCAAAAUUUUCUGCCAUUUAAUGUGAUAGGUACUUCAACAUCCUUAUUCUGAGUAAAAGUAUAUCAUUCUUUUUUUCAAUAGCAUUGAACUUGAUAAUGAUCAGACUAUGAUAUAUGUUUUGUAUUCAAUAUCCUGAACUAUUGUAUUAAGAGUCUAGAAUGUUUGGAAGCAUUCCAGAUUCGUAUACCUUGCUAUCCAACACGUACCCGGGCCUUGAUGCAUAUACCAAUUUGCCAUUCUUGAUAUUUGUUGUAUAGUUCUGUCAAUGAGUGUCCGCGAGUGUAAAUAAAUUUUGUGAGACCUGUCACAUAUGAAUUGUGCAAAAAGGGCUGUUUUAGGUUAGGUAGUCUAAAAUCUUGCCUGUAAACUUGUGAAUGUCGAUAUGUUGAAUAGAUAAUAAAUGAAUAAACAAUUUCUUUCAUGAUUUCCAAAGAUGUUAGUUCCACUACAAAUAAAACAAUAUCAGUUUAAUAAAUAAAAUAUGCAAUUUAUUAAAAAUAUAUCCUUAACAAGCUGAUACGAUAAUAAUAAUUAUAAUAAAUCCAGCAAUAGAAUCUCUCACAUAAAUAUCACAAUUAUUCACAGUAAAAAAAAAACACAAAUGACAAAUAAAUAAUUUGAAAAAUAGCACAUUUAAAAGUUCACUCAAUUCAAACAUUUCUUUAUGAGAUUCCAGGGACGGACAAAACUAAUUUCUGAUACAAAAGAAUUGACUUAAAUGAGGAAUUUGUUUAUAAAAUAAUGCAAAAUUGUUCUUGCAUGCCUACUUUGUACAAAAAUUUACAUUAAAAUAUCAGACCCAUGACAAAAUAAUUGCCUGCUAAUAUCUAAAUUUGUUCUUAUUGGCUAAUGAGCCUUUAAAAUUGAUUAUUUUCUACUUACUUAAAUCUAAUUUUAAAAAACUCCUAUAACUAUCUGUACAAAUCAGUCAUUGAUUGUCGCGCCCCACAUCUUUCAGCUAUUUGACUAAAUGUAGUUUUGCCCACGUUGGUACAAACUGACUGUAUACUUUUGAAUAACUGAUCAGCUGACAUGUCUUCAGGCAAUUUCGUUAGAAAUUGAGCACCAUGGAGAAAAUCCAUGUUGAGUAGAGCGGAUUGAUAAAGAUGAAGAAUACCUGUGAUUAAUUAAAUAAAUAAGUUUUCCAAAAUUCAUAAAUUGUAUUUACCUAAAGCAGUCCUAAAAAUAAACUCGUAACCAUCCCUCAGAAAAAUAUCCCAAAUCCUACAAGCCACAUCUAAAGGCAUUGCUUUGGCAAAUAUUGUAUAAAUCCAAUCCAGCAAGUACAAAUCAGGCGUGAGCCCGGCCCGUUCAAAAUGUCCAUACAAUUUGGGCAAAUUACUGUUGAGCACUUGAUUAUAAGCAUUGUAGUAUGCAUUCAUUUGUGUUUGGUUUAGAGUGAAUGCUGACAGAUGGAGUGGUUGAUUCAAUAGAUUAGCAAAACAAAUAAAAGCAUCACAUGCUUCCAUGUUGAGUAUUAGAAUGGCUGCUAUAUAAGACAUGCCUUGAAGGUAACCAACAUCUGGC